UCGAACAAAACUCUAUCAUGGCGACGUUCUUUGGAGAAAUCUUGCCUGUCUCAUCGAGAGCAGUAGAUGAUGACGACGAUGACGACGAUUUGGAACCUUUAGAUUGUGAUCUGUGGAUGAGAUGGUCAGAAAAAGCCCAGGCUGAUAUGAAAACAUCUGAUGAUGGAACACUUCAAUGUCACACACUAGUUGUGGCCAUAGGCCCAGCAGCCACAGGUUUUGCUAGAGUCUACAUCUUGCAUGAAGAGUUUGACUUAAUUGGUGGAAUUUUUGGUGGUAUAAAGGAACAUGACUUUAACACAUUUCAACAGACAUCUCCCACAGAUAAAACGUGUUACCUGUACAGAAGUACACAGAACCCGCUCAUCAUGGUCUGCCAGUGUAAUGUGGACAUCUCACCUGAACAGUCUUAUUCCUUUGUCACCAAGUUGUUUGCUGGGAUCAAUCUUAACACUACCUACAUAUCUAUAUUAUGUACAUGUUCUACCAGUGAAUAUAAAAGUGACAUUCCUAUACUGGACAUGCAGCCCCCUUUCCUCAGGGCCUUGAAAUCAGCCAAGUUUGCUGGAACGCCACUUUGUCCCUAUGUUGAACAGCCAAAUGUAAUUGCUGGAUUACCUGCCCAGCUGCUGAGCAGCUGUCAGAUUCAUGGCCACAGAGCAGUUCUCUACUGUUGUUACACCGACACCAUUUAUCUGACCUCCGCCAUGAUGAAGACUUAUAUCCCCUUACUCAACUCCACACCGAUCAAAGAUGUUAUACAGAAAAACCCACAUGCUGAAAAGGAGUUAAAGAAGAUAGUGGCUCUUCAUACUAGUCAUAACACCUUGUAUCUUUAAAUGGACACUGAAAACUUAUGACUGGACACUACAUAGCUGUGACAUGAAACCACACACUUGUGAAUGGACACUACACACCUGUGACUGGACACUACACACUUGUAAAUGGACACCACACAC